AUGGAGCUGAAACCUUUAUUGAAGAAGCUGGGCACAACAGUUCGUGCCAUCCUCACUUUCUCCUUUGCUCUGUUGGUCCUGGGCGUGAUGGUGUGGGCCUAUGUUGACGGUUUCCAGCUGGCCACCUCCCUGUAUGGAAUCAUCUCCUUUGGCUUUUAUGGACUGCUCCUCUCACUCCACGUGUUGGUCCAGAGCUUAUUUGCCUUCAUUGAGCACCGGCGAAUGAGAGCUCGCACAGACCCCUGCACAUUAACCAAAACCAUUGGCUUCACUAUAUCAGCAUUCCAGGAGGACCCUGCGUAUCUCAGAGAGUGCCUGAACUCCAUCAGGGCCCUCAAGUAUCCCCCUGAGCUGCUGCGCAUCAUCAUGGUGAUAGACGGGAACAAAGAUGAUGACCGGUAUAUGAUGGACAUGUUCAGGGAGGUGUUUGCGGACCAAGACCCUGGCUGUUAUGUGUGGAAGAACAACUACCAUACAUGGGACCCCAUUCAGGCCCAGCAGGAUGUGGAAAUGGCAACAGAAAUGGGCCCAGGAGGGGAUGCUGAUCAUACUGUAGGUGAGGAUCUACAGCGAAAGGAGGUAGAGCGCCUUAUCCAGAGCAAGAGAUGCGUGUGCAUCAUGCAGAAGUGGGGCGGCAAGCGGGAGGUGAUGUACACAGCCUUUAAAGCACUCGGGCCAUCAGUUGACUAUAUACAAGUGUGUGACUCAGACACCAAGCUGGACCCUCUGGCAACCAUGGAGCUGUGUAAAGUGUUGGAGAGUAACCACAAGUAUGGAGCUGUGGGAGGAGAUGUGAUGAUCCUCAACCUGAAAGACUCUUACAUCAGCUUCAUGAGCAGUCUGAGGUACUGGAUGGCUUUCAACAUCGAAAGGUCCUGCCAGUCCUUCUUCAACUGUGUGUCCUGCAUAAGUGGCCCUUUGGGUCUGUACAGGAAUGAUCUCCUCCAGCAGUUUCUGGAGUCCUGGUACAAUCAGAUGUUUUUGGGAAGUCACUGCACAUUUGGUGAUGACAGACAUCUUACCAACCGAAUGCUGAGCAUGGGCUAUGCUACAAAAUACACAGCCCGCUCCAAAUGCUACACAGAGACACCUGCUCAGUUUCUGCGCUGGCUUAACCAGCAGACCCGCUGGACAAAAUCUUACUUCCGUGAGUGGCUCUACAAUGCAAUGUGGUGGCACAAGCACCACCUCUGGAUGACCUACGAGUCCAUCGUCUCAGGUAUUUUCCCCUUCUUUGUCACCGCCACCAUCAUCCAGCUGUUUUGGACAGGCACACUGUGGGACAUCCUUUGGAUCCUGUGCUGCAUCCAGCUGAUCGGGCUGGUGAAAGCGGCAUACGCCUGCAUCCUGCGAAGAGACAUGGUGAUGGUGUUUAUGUCCCUCUACUCAGCUCUGUACAUGACCAGCCUGCUGCCUGCUAAGUACUUUGCGAUUAUCACCAUGAACAAAAGCUCUUGGGGGACAUCAGGCAGGCGUAAGAUUGUAGGGAACUACAUGCCCCUCCUCCCUCUGUCAGUGUGGGCAGCCAUUUUAUUAGGUGGGCUCGGUUACACAAUCUACAAGGAGAGUCAACAGGAUUGGUCUACUCCAGCCAAGAUACUGGAAACAAAGUUUAUUGGCUUUGGCUGUGUGGCCUACAUGUGCUACUGGCUGCUUAUGAUGUUCCUCUACUGGGUAUGGUUCCGCCAGUUAUGUAGGAAACGCAGCCAAAGUUACGCAUUGAGUGUGUAGGCCCAAAGUGUCCAGUGAAGGAAGAUAAUUUAUUCAAAUUCAACAAUUUACCUUAUUUUAUUCAGUGGGUUUCAGGGGCUUUCAUACAGCUGCUAAAACAACAAACUCAAAAACACAAAAUAUUGUUAAAAUUGGUGAUAUGGAUCGAUAUUACCUGAGCAUUUUUGAAAAACAAAACAAAAAUAUAAAAGACAAAUGUCACUAUAAAAGAAAAGACUAUAAAGACAAAUUAUUAUGGAGAUGCUGUUGCACAUUUAAAUGAAACUAUACUGAGGGCUUUUGGGCCAAUGCACUUCUCAGGUUUAUCUUUGUCGUAUUAUGAUGGGAAAGAUGGCCUUCCAUCAGAUAUUUAUUUAUGAUAUCUAAAGAUUGGAAAUCUGCUAUUUAGAUAAAAUGUUUGUAUUCAAAGGUGUGGGUAAUGGAUCUUGGUGUAUGUGUCUUUUAAAAAUAUUCAGACGAUAUGUCCACAUAUGUGUAUGUAGAUUACUUUAACAACACAACGAACACCACUUGUAUGGCUGUGUCAGUUUAGUGACCAUUACUUCACCACUGUUGUUAUUGCAUUGCACUGGAUCCUGGAUGGCACUUUCUGCAGCGUUGCAGACUUACUUGAAAAUAUAGAAAACUGUUAUAAACAGUUCUAGUUUUGCGAAGUGGGAAAAAUGCACAAGCCGAGAAAAAUAAACUGUACCUCUAAAACUGGACUGAUAAUGAUGCUGUGUCUGAGGAUGAAAACAUGGAGUCACUUACUGAAACCUGAAACAAUGAGGACUGAUGUUUCUUUAAAUAUUGUAUACCUAUAUUGUAUACCUAUUUUCUUGAUAGGGUGUACUGUGUAAGAUGCACUUUGUUUAAUUUGUAACAUGCAGUUUUUUAUGUAAUUUAUAUAUUCUAAGCAAUACACCUGUUGUAAUGGCUGGAAUGUCUGAAAAUGUGAAAAUGUUGGU